AUGAACCCUAAAGGUGCUAAGGAGACCUUUGUCGCCAAGCUGGGCUUCAAAUCUCGCAGUUCUCCGUCCGGAGUCGAGAUGGAGCUGGAGCGAGUCAGACACGAGAACGCUCAGCUGAGGAAGAAGAUGGAUGAACUGGCCAAACGUCAAAUCAAGGCGCCCAGCUCGGACAAGGGCAAACUGCUGGAGAGGAUUCUGUCACUGGAGACGAUGCGAGAAAGGAACAAUCAACAGUUGUUGGUUAAAGAACAAGAGCUGGAAGCCUUGAGACGGCAGCUGGCGGCCAAAGGAGGAGAGGUGGUGGCGUCACUGCAGGCCCAGCUGGAGCAGCGAAAGCAGGAAGUGGAGCAGAAAGACCGGUUGUUCCAGACUCUCUCAGAGGAGACGGGGAACCUGAAAGACAAGCUGGCUGCUGUCUCCGCCCGCUGUAAGGCCCUGGAAGCACAGCACACACAGAAUGGCCAGGUUCCCCAAGGAGACCUGGCAUCGGUUCAGGACCAACUGAGAGAUGCUCUUGAGAAGAACCAGCAGUGGCUGGUGUAUGACCAGCAGAGAGAGGCCUACGUCCAGUCAGUGUUGGCCCGCACGCUGGAGCUGGAGCAGCAGCUGGCCCAGGCCAGCCCGGGCCUGCAGCAGCAGCAGCCACCCCGCGAGCCGAGAGAAGACGAGAAGAGCGACGCCAAGCUCCGGGGGAACUACGAGCAGCUGCUGAAGGGCAUACAGAAGGACCUGGAGAACCAGAGAGACCAGGCUGUCAGGGCCCAGCAGGAACUCCAGAUGCAGAUAGAGCAGACAUCUAGGGCCCAGUCUGAGCUCCAGCAUCAGAGGGAGCAGGUUUCUAAGCUCCAGGAUGAGCUGUCGGCAGUACAGCGGAGGAAUGAUGACAGGAGCAGUGAGCUAGAGUCCCUGCAGAGGAGGUACCAUGACACGAGCAGGGAGCUGGAGGAGGCCAAAAAAGAGCUGAAGGCGGAGCAGCGCAACAACAGACACGCUGUGAGUGAGGAGCGCAAGGCGUCGUCCGAGCGAGCCGACAGGAUGCGAGUGGAGCUGGACAGUGUGGACACCCGACUGGAGGAGGAGAGGAAGAGGUCCGCCGAGCUGCUGCUGCAGGUGAAUCUACUGCAAAAGUCGCUCCUGAGCCAAAACGAUGAACAGAGGCGGAUAGCAGCGCUGGAGCAGCAGAUCCAGCUCUCCAUCAAGGAUUUUGAAAAUGAGAAGCUUGAUCGUCAGAGCAUGCAGCACCAGUUGAAGAAGGUACUGAAGGAGCUUCGCAAGGCCCACGAUCAGAUUGCAAGACUGGAGUCGACUGAGCUCUCGGAGCCCGGCGCUUACAAUAAGCUGGAGUUCGCGCGGCUUACGAUCGGAGACUCCCCUGGCCCCCCAUCCUCCUCCAGAAACACCAGCCUGGUCGACGAGAGUUUCCUGGAGUGUCCAAAGUGCCAGGCCGCCUACCCCACCAGCCUGCACCGGGAGCUCCUAGCUCACAUGGACUACUGCUUGGCCUGAGCUAAGAGAGGCCCUCCAACGGCAGGUUCCCCUUCCUGAAUUGGAUCCUAGAAUUUUGAACACAGCCACUGGAACACAAGUAAAAUGUGUAUUUUUAGAAAAUGUAAGCAAAGAAAAUCAU